AUGGAAGCAGCAAGGAACCUGCAGGGAGGCCUGCGAGGUCUCCAUUUUGCAAACCGGCGCUUUGUCAGGACUCCGAUUGAAACGUUAAAUAAGCUUUCAAAUGUGAGGCUUGAAAAUCAAACAGAUGGGAAACAUCAAAAGCAGAUUUGUCAAGUCGUUCUGGAUCAUUUUGAGAAGCAGUACACAAGGGAACUGGGAGAUGCAUGGACCAGUGUGAGAGAUGUACUCACAUGCCCGUGGUGCUGGCAGUACGCCAUCCUGCUUAACAAGUUCAGCCAAUCUCCUGAGCUGGAGAACACCUUGCGUUUGAAGGGAUAUCAUCCUGCCUUUCAAGGACCUUUGCCCUAUCUUCCCUCAUCGCUGAAGUGUUACAUCAGGAGAACUCCAGGGAAGUUCCCUGCACAAAAACACCAGGCUGGUAAACUGAAGGAGUAUUACCUGCUGAAUGCUGCUUCACUGUUGCCAGUGUUGGCGUUAGAAGUGAAAGACGGGGAAGAUGUCCUGGAUCUCUGUGCUGCACCAGGGGGUAAAUCAGUAGCUAUACUGCAGUGUGCCUAUCCAGGUCAGUUUCACUGUAAUGAAUAUGAUGAUUUGAGGUCAAGAUGGCUGGAACAGACAAUAGAAUCCUUCAUCCCACAUCCUUUGAUUGACUUAGUAACAGUCUCUAAACUGGAUGGUAGACAAUUUGGAGAUCUAAAUCCCAAAUUAUAUGACAAGGUCCUGGUUGAUGCUCCUUGUUCAAAUGACAGAAGUUGGCUGUUCUCUUCUGAUAUUCAGCAAGUUACUCUCAGGCUAAUACAAAGGAAGGAGUUAUCGUCUCUACAGUUCCAGCUACUGAGGUCUGCUCUUAAAGCGUUGCGUCCUGGCGGAUCAUUGGUCUACUCUACAUGCACUCUCUCAAAGGCAGAAAACAGCGAUGUAAUAAAUCUCAUUCUAAACUCCUGUAGUAAUGUUGUGCCUGUAGACAUAAGUGAAAUGGCCAAAGCUGUUUCUCAGGAGUUCACUUUUCUCAGUGGUACACAACGGCAUGAACUUAUGGUCCUCCCAGAGAAGGGGAGAACAUGGGGCCCAAUGUACAUAGCUAAAUUAAAGAAAGCAUAG